GUGGCAAACCGUCUUCGGUUUUUAGCCGGACAACCACAAAUACUGGACGGAUGGCCUCAUACCUGGAACUGGAGAGUAACUCUGCCGAAGAGAUGGUGGAGUACUUCCGGGUUUCGGAGUAUACUAUGGAAGAUGUUUCUUUCAAGGGUCCGUCCAAUUGGAUUCCUUUUAAGGAAAUGUUUUAUCAUGACAACUUCCUAGUCGCUGCCGGCUUACGGCAGGACGAGGACAGAGAUUCAGCCAGGAGCAAACUAAGGAAGUCUUGGAUUGGAGACAUGAGCUCGUCCAGAUUUGCGGAUACUCUAUGGAAGGAGUACAGUAAGUCAGGUGCCGAAAAGAGGGCCGACACUCUGAAAAAUGCCCCAACCUCUAAAGCUUUGGCCGAGAAAGCCGCAGCAAAGAAACGGCCGGCCGGCACCAGUGAGGCUCCUCCCUCAAAAAAGGCCAAGGGCUUUACUGCUAAGAAGAGGAAGACCACACGGCCGGUUCCCAAGGUCGUCAUCGAGCUGCCGGCCAAGGAGGAGGCCAAAGAAGAGCCGGCUGAAGCUGACUCCCGGGCCCUCGUGGCCUAUACGGUCCGGCCGAGCAGCCCACACCUUCACAACCUGACGAGGUUGUCAUAUUGGAGGAUGCUGGACAAUCUUCUCAGCCGGACACGGCUGUGGACGGGUCCGCCUUUUCUGGGCCUGUGGCCCAACUCGUAGGCCAGAUGCCGGCUGCGUAUAGGACGGCUUCCCGUUCCUCUGGUGAGUCUUACUAUUCCAACGUAGUUAGAACACUACGGGUUGGCGGGCGUCCGAUGAGUCCGUCCAACAAACAGACCGUGGUUAUUCCCAUCAGGUGUACUGACGAGUCUAACCUUUCAGAUAAAGGGAAGGUCCAGCUGUUGACGGCUCCCCUAGCCUCUCUGACGAUGAAUCUUCUCCAGCUUUUGGAAAGAUGUCUUCGUCCGAUCGUGAGAAGCUCAAGACGGAGCUGUUUAAGUGCUUUCCCGAACCUUAUAGUAAGGGGUUAAGGGGAGCAUCGUCUGGGCAUGUAGGUUACAUGUCUCAGCUUGCUGCCGAGCUUUUUGCUCGCAGCAUGAUAACAGAGGACUGGGCAAAGGAGCUCAGAAAAGAGAAUAAGAAGCUCGUCCACGAUGUGACGCCGGCUGCUGAUCAUGCCCAGUUUGCUAUGGCCCAGCAAGAGGUGCUGCAUCAGCAGACCAAGGUUGCGUUGGAAAAACGGUCUGCCGAGCUAGAGUCUCAGAUCAAAGUCUACCUUCUUCGGUUGACGGAGAUGCUGGACGAACGGGCUUCAUUGGAACGUGUCCUGACGGACGAGAGGAACUCAGUCAUGACGAUGGCUGCUGAUUUUUUCAAGGAGAACCUCGUCCUUAAGGUCAAGAACCAAGCCCUUCGUACUGAGGUGGCCGAGACCAUUGCUGGCGCCAAAGAGGCUAUGAACACGUCAUAGAUACCUCAAAGGAAUGGGCAGUGCAAGCUUUUGGCAUGAUGGCCGAAGAAGAGGAUAUCCCCAGAUAUGCUCGUCGGCUGGCAUUCCAGGAGGCUUUGCAUAAGGCGACUAUAUCCGGAGCCGACCCUCCCGUUUUUUAAGAAUCUUCUGAAGAUGAAGAGGGGGAGGACGAUGCUGAGGCCCAGGAUGAAGAGGACAAUGACCCUCCUGCCGCUUAGUUCCUUUGUUGUAUCUUGGCCGUGAGCCAUUUGUAAUUUUCCUCCUUUUGUACUUAGAUGAAUUUAGGUUGUAAUCAUCUUUUUUACAUUUAUGAAAAGCUAUCUUUUUCAA